AUGGAUAACAGACUUGCGCUGGAUGCCCAGUCGACUCAAACUGAUUUUGGAGAGAUUUUUAUUCGGAAUCGACGUAUUGGUGUAUUCAGGAUCGGCACAGAUCCACCCCCUGAACGUCGAAGUACCAUCAGCACCAUGCUGCCGUGUAGCUAUCAAAAUAACCGCAUUCGGAACUUGUCCGGUGGCAGUAGCGGCAGCACAGCUAGUGGCAGCAGCAGUGACAGCUCCACCCAGCUAGACAACCAGUUGUCUUUCAUGGACUUUCCUCUCACCACCUCAUCUUCAUCCGUCCCAGCAAGCCGAGGUGGUAGUUCAUCAAAUAAGCUUGAUCGCAGCUGGAGUGACAACGAUAACGGAUCACAACGAUCGGUUAACUCCAGCCGGUACAAGACCGAAUUGUGCCGCCCUUUUGAAGAAAGUGGGUCCUGCAAAUACGGGGACAAGUGCCAAUUUGCCCAUGGUUACCAUGAGCUCAGAAAUCUGGCAAGACACCCGAAGUACAAAACUGAACUCUGCCGCACAUUUCACACAGUAGGAUUUUGUCCCUACGGCCCGAGGUGUCAUUUCAUUCAUGAAGAUGAAACGAAGUCUACAAACACAUCCCCGAGACUAGGCCGUGAUGCUAGUGUACACUCAGGCAGUGGUAGCAGCAGCCCUUCAUUGAGUCCGUCAGGCGUCGAUGAUUUCACCAUCUUCUCUUACCCCACAGAAAACAGCAGCCCUCGAAUGUCAGCAGCUAAGACAGACAAUUGUCAGUUCGAUGCACUUUCCGUUAACACUGAACACGCCAGAAACAUCUGCGAUUUGCACGCUUUAGAGAAGCGUUUUUCUGGCAUGAAACUUGACCGCCGAAGCUCUAAUGAUGUUUUUUGCACUAACAUUAACCAGCCCAGAAUCAUUGGUUCCGAAGUUCCAGACAUUUUCAGUGAAAUCACCAUGUUUAAUUCUGCGGAAGUCCAGCUUGACAAUGCCCCCAAAUCCUUAUCCUCAGGUGGCCCACAAUCCGGGAGGCUGGAUAAUUUUCCAUGUGUGGACUCGCAUUCUGCAUAUUGGCAAUCGUCGUAUGAAAAUUACUACUCACAAUUACUGAAGUCAGCAGACUCUGCUCAUAUUUCUCCAACUGGCUCAGACGGCAGCAGCUGUAGCAGCAACCAUAGCGGCAGUACCGACAGCCUAACUAGUAAUUCAUUCACAAAUUGGCGCUGCCAGGUUGCCAUUGGUCAGUAUUGA